AUGACGAAUCUUUCUCUUUACGCUGUUAACGCCUUCAUCAUCCUCGACACGGAUGGCCAUCGAGUGCUCGCGAAGUACUACAACCCAAAAGGACAAUCAUAUCUCGGUGGACCUAAUGAUUUCAACAAGGGGCUCCAUUCACUGAAGGAGCAGCGGGCGUUCGAGAAAGGGUUGUUCCAAAAGACGAAGAAGGCUGGUGGCGAGAUCAUUCUCUACGAAGGUCAUCUAGCAGUCUACAAACAUUCGCUCGACCUUAUCUUCUACAUGAUCGGCGGUUCCUCAGAAAACGAGCUCAUGUUGCACUCUGCCCUUGUCGCCUUUUCAGAGGCAGCACACAUGCUUCUUCGGAACCAGGUCGAGAAGCGAGCGGUGUUAGAGAAUCUGGAUUUGCUUGUCUUGUGUCUGGACGAGACAAUUGAUGACGGCAUUAUCGUGGAAACCGACUCAACGACCAUCGCGUCAAGAGUGAGCAGGCCGAGAGCGGAUACAACGGAGAUCGUCAUCAACGAACAAACUCUCAUGAACGCUUAUUCGACACUGAAGGAGAAGAUGCAACAGAGGAUCCAGCAGCUAUGAGUUCCUAUUCUUCUCUAUUCUUUCCGUGUUUUCGUCGUUGUAGUGGCACGGCUCCCCUAGAGCUUCCUAUUCCAUGCUGUUUUUCGUCCUCCGUUCUGUGUUUGUUGUGCGAAGGGAGUUUUGUUUAAUCUCGCGGACUUGCCGGAUAAUUGUAUGUUGAUUGCCCUCUUUUAUGGGUCAUGUCUUGCCG